AUGGCAAUGCGCUCUUCUUUGGCUCUGCCAUGUCGCAUAAUCUCCCAUAGUUCCUCCCACAAUGUCCGGCCUGCGACACGGCUCGUCAAUCGGCCAUUGAACGGACAUGGGUUUGCGACAGCAGCUUCGGUGCCCAAGAAGGGUUCAAAAGGACCUACAGCCAUGGUUCUGUUGAAUAUGGGCGGUCCAUCGAAAGUCUCCGAAGUUGAAAGCUUCCUCAGUCGUCUUUUUGCCGAUGCCGAUUUAAUUCCUCUAGGUCCGCUCCAAAAGUACCUAGGGCCGCUCAUCGCUCGUCGUCGCACUCCCAAAAUUCAAAAACAGUAUUCCGACAUUGGAGGAGGAUCGCCAAUACGCAAAUGGUCCGAAUACCAGUGCGAAGAAAUGUGCAAGAUACUCGACGAAAUCUCCCCAGAAACAGCGCCCCACAAGCCAUACGUCGCAUUUAGAUAUGCGGAUCCAUUGACGGAAGAAAUGUAUAACAAAUUACUGGAAGAUGGUUUUGGAGGAGGAAAUGGCGGCCGAGCUAUCGCCUUCACGCAAUAUCCUCAAUACUCUUGUUCUACCACAGGCAGCUCCCUCAAUGAGCUAUGGAAGUGGAGGAAUAGGUUAGAAGGACCGCGCUCUGGUCAAGAUUCGGCUGGUGCGAUUCAGUGGAGUGUGAUUGACCGAUGGGCUACGCAUCCUGGGCUGGUAGAAGCGUUUGCAAAGAAUAUUGAGGAUCAGCUAGCUACAUACCCGGAAGAGAAACGCUCAUCUGUGGUUAUUCUGUUCUCUGCUCAUAGUUUGCCCAUGAGCGUCGUCAACAGAGGUGAUCCAUACACGGCGGAAGUCGCGACAACGGUCCACGCAGUCAUGCAGCGCUUAGGGUUCUCUAACCCUUACCGACUGUGCUGGCAGUCACAAGUCGGGCCAUCAGCAUGGCAAGGCGCUCAAACAAGCCACACUGUCGAGAAUUACGUCAAGAAAGGCUUUACCGACAUGAUCCUUGUGCCUAUUGCGUUUACCAGCGAUCACAUUGAAACUCUCUACGAACUAGACAAAGAAGUAAUUGGUGAAGCCGGCCACGCUGGCAUCAAGCGGGCGGAGAGUCUGAAUGGCAACCCGACAUUCAUUCGUGCCUUAGCUGACAUCGCGAAGACUCACUUGGAGUCGGGAGAGAACUGCUCGCGACAGAUGACGCUGCGUUGCCAAGGAUGUAACAGAGGCGAUGCAGCUAUUGCUGCGGACGCCGAUCAGGAUGCACGUGUUCUGCAUGAAGAAGAAUCUUUAGGCGCAUCCGAAACGUCUCCCUUGUUACCAGCUUCCGAAGCGGUAUACGAAGAGCCUGAAUUCAACGACAAUAUAAAUAAGCCAUGGCUAGGAUCGCCGGAAUUUGAUGCCAAACCCUGGUGGAGGCGACCAAAUGUCUAUUAUCUGAUUCCGCCUACUGCUCUUUUCACCUUUGCAUUUGGUGGAGCAGCCGUGCCUAAAAUCAACUUGAUCCUUUCAAUUGUGUGUCGAGACUACUUCGCCGAUCAAAAGGCCAAGGACCCUACCUUUACAUAUCUACCAGUUAUCUUCGGGGGUGAGAACGAUCAAUGUCGCAUACCACAAGUCCAAUCCAAUGCGGCGCAGAUCUUGCUUUACAUCAACUUGAUAUCUGGAUUUUUAUCGGCACUUGUCAGCCCCCGGCUGGGUGACCUGUCUGAUAGAUAUGGUCGUGUGCCAUUGAUGUCUCUCUGUGUUGCAGGAACCUUGAUUUCUGAGUUAUUUGUAACAUUCAUCGCCGCUUACCCAGAUCAUGCUUCAAUCAAUUGGCUCCUCGUCGCAGCUUUCGUGGAUGGGCUAUGCGGAUCCUUCACCCUCGCUUUAUCGUUGGUACAUUCAUACGGAGCGGACUGUACGCCUCCAGAGAGAAGAAAUGUCGUCUUUGGAUACAUCCACGCGACAUUAUUUACGGGCAUUGCGUUAGGGCCAUUCCUUUUUGGGCUGCUGAUAAAGCACACCGGGAAGAUUCUAGACGUCUUUUUGGCGGUUUUGGUCCUCCACGGAAUCUAUCUUUUUACGCUGUUAUUUCUCAUUCCGGAAUCAUUGUCAAAGGAACGUCAAAAUGUUGCGCGAACAAAACAUCACGCAAAACCUCAGAGAGGGAAUACGAAUUUUAAACAAAACUUCCUGCGAGAGCUUCACCCAUCCAGUAUUUUCAAGCCACUGGCGAUCUUGUGGCCAAAGCCCAGCCCUUCGCAAUCGUCGCCAGAAAAUCGGGCAUUGUUCAGAAAACUGCGCAAAAAUUUGGUUUUGAUUGCUGCCAUCGAUACGUUGAUGUUUGGAGUAGGCUUAGGCACUGUGCAGAUCAUCAUCCUGUAUGCAGAAUAUGUGUUUGGAUGGGGCAACUACGAGUCCAGCGUGUUCGUCUCGGUCACGAACAGUGGACGGGUAAUCACUUUGCUUCUUAUUUUACCCGGUAUAACGAGAUACAUUCGUGGACCAACGCGAGGCAAUCAAGCCAACACUGGAAGCGAUUGGCUGGACAUUUCCCUGAUUCGUCUAGCCAUUCUCAUUGACCUGCUUGGUUAUAUUGGAUACGCGGUCUCAAAGACUGGAGGAAUCUUCACAUUGUCCGCUCUCGUUGCAUCCAUAGGAGGAAUUGGCCCGCCAAGUUUGCAGUCGUCGCUGACGAAGCAUAUACCUCCUAGUCAGACAGGACGAAUUCUAGGAGCCAUGGGACUUUUACACGCCCUCGCUCGUGUUGUGUCACCUGUUAUAUUCAACGGUAUUUACAGCGUUACAGUUGGCACAUUCACGCAGGCCGUCUUUGUCUGCUUGGCAUCGGUGUUCGGUUUGGCAGCCAUCUUGAGCUGGUUUAUUGUACCUAGUGGUGAGCCAUAUUCGAUUUAA